AGUGAGGGAGAGGGAGGAGAGAAAGUUUGUCCGGGAGGAGUUUUGGGCUGGCCAGUCCAGUUGAGGGCUGAGAGCCAGAGACAGAAGGCAGGCGGCAGCGAGUGGGUGGUGGGCAGCGAGUGGUGGGCACGUCUGUAGGGCCGAGACAUCGAGACCAGGCCAUAGCCGGGGGGAGGGGGAGAACCCAGGCCCUGCCCCCCUUCCCCCUUCCCCGGCCAGACUGAGGCCGGAGCCAAGGGAAAGUUUUGGCCUGGAUGCCUGGGUCCACCAGGAUGGGCAGAUCGGGGCUGGCAUGGUGCCUGGCACUCUGGUGCUGGGGAAGUUGGGCCCAGGAAGGUGUGUGGGACCCAUUUGUGACUGGACCUGGGAAUGUGACAGGGGCACGGGGGCGAGUGGCCGUGCUUCGUUGUGAGGUCCGAGUGGCCGGGGAGGCUCCAGAGGUCAGCUGGCUUCGGGAUGGGCAGGUCUUAGAACUUGCUGACAGCACCCAGACCCAGGUGCCCCUGGGGGAGGAGGACCAAGAUGACUGGAAGGUGGUCAGUCAGCUCAGGAUUUCAGCCCUGCAGCUCUCAGAUGCCGGGAAGUACCAGUGCUCUGUGGCUGUAGAGGGGGAGACGUUCCUGUCCCUACCAGCCUACGUAGGUCUAGAAGGCCUCCCCUAUUUCCUGGAGGAACCAGAAGAUAUGACUGUGGCUGCUGACACCCCAUUCAACCUCAGCUGUCAAGCCCAGGGGCCUCCUGAACCUGUUAAUCUGCUCUGGCUCCAUGAUGGUGCCCCCCUGGCCCCACACAGUCCUACCCAGGGCCUACUCCACCUGCCAGGCCUGAAUAAGACAUCGUCCUUCUCCUGUGAGGCCCACAAUGCUAAAGGGGUCACCACAUCCCGGACGGCCACAGUCACAGUGCUUCCACAACGUCCUCAGCAUCUCCGGACCACGUCCAGCAGUCCCACGGAGCUUGAAGUGGUCUGGACGCCAGGGGACAGUGGUAUUUACCCCAUCACCAACUGUGCCCUGCAGGCUGUGCUAUCAGAUGACGAGAUUGGGGCUAGACCCGGAGCCCUGGAGCCACCAGAGGAGCCCCUGGCAUUUCAAAUAGCUGUACCACCCCACAGCCUGAACAUGACAAACCUGCAGCCCCACAGUGCCUACCACAUCCGUGUGGCCUGUGCCAGCUCCCAGGGCCCCUCCCCUUGGACACACUGGGUGCUGGUGGAGACGCCUGAGGGAGUGCCAAUGGGACCCCCAGAGAAUGUGAGUGCCAUCCGAAAUGGCAGCCAGGCUCUGGUGCGCUGGCAGCCACCUCGGGCUCCGCUGCAGGGGACGCUGCAAGGAUACAAGCUGGCAUACCGGGAAGAAGAUGCGCUUGAGGUGCUGAUGGAUGCAGGGCUGAGGCGGGAAGUGACUCUGGAGCUUCGGGGGGAAGGGGUGCUGCCCAACCUAACCCUGCGGGUGGCAGCCUACACCAAUGCCGGUGACGGGCCCUGGAGCAUGCCUGUGCUUCUGGAGCCCUGGAGACCAGGGAAUGGGCAACCAGUGCGCCAGCAUGUGAAGGACCCCCCAGCCCCUGCCUUCUCCUGGCCCUGGUGGUACGUGCUCCUGGGGGCUGUAACAGCUGCUGCCUGUGUCCUCCUCCUCGCCCUCUUCCUCUUCCACCGGAGAAAGAAGGAGACACGUUAUGGGGAAGUCUUUCAGCCCACGGUGGAGCGUGGAGGAGAGCUUGUUGUCCGGUACCGGGUCCGAAAGUCCUACAGUCGGCGCACUACUGAAGCUACCCUGAACAGCCUGGGCAUUAGUGAAGAGCUGAAGGAGAAACUCCGAGACGUGAUGGUGGACCGACAUAAGGUAGCCUUGGGAAAGACCCUGGGAGAAGGGGAGUUUGGCUCUGUCAUGGAAGGGCAGUUGAACCAGGAUGACUCCAUCCUCAAAGUGGCUGUGAAAACUAUGAAGAUUGCCAUCUGUACCCGGUCGGAGAUGGAAGACUUCCUGAGUGAGGCAGUCUGUAUGAAGGAGUUUGACCAUCCCAAUGUUAUGAGGCUCAUUGGGGUCUGCCUCCAGGGCUCUGAGUGUGAGGGAUUUCCUUCGCCUGUGGUCAUCCUGCCCUUCAUGAAGCAUGGUGACCUGCACAGCUUCCUGCUCUAUUCACGACUUGGGGACCAGCCUAUGUUCCUACCAACUCAAACACUGGUGAAGUUCAUGGCAGACAUUGCCAGCGGUAUGGACUACCUGAGCACCAAGAGGUUUAUUCACAGGGACCUGGCUGCCCGGAACUGCAUGCUGAAUGAGAACAUGUCCGUGUGCGUGGCCGACUUUGGCCUCUCUAAGAAGAUCUACAAUGGGGAUUAUUACCGCCAGGGCCGAAUUGCCAAGAUGCCAGUCAAGUGGAUUGCCAUUGAGAGCCUGGCUGACCGUGUCUACACCAGCAAAAGUGAUGUGUGGUCCUUUGGGGUGACCAUGUGGGAGAUUGCAACUCGUGGCCAGACGCCCUACCCAGGUGUGGAGAACAGUGAGAUCUAUGACUACCUGCGGCAAGGCCAUCGUCUCAAGCAGCCAGCAGACUGUCUAGAUGGACUGUAUGAGCUGAUGUCUCGCUGCUGGUCCCUGAGCCCCAGGGAUCGACCGACCUUCGCAGAACUGCGAGAAGAGCUGGAGAUGACAUUGAAGAGCCUUCCCCUGGCCCAGGACCCCGAAGAAAUCCUCUAUGUCAACAUGGAUGGGGAACCUGCCGGGGCUGCUGGGGGCACCCCCCAAUCUAGCCCCCUGCCAGCCCCAAAGGCCUCCUGCAACUGUAGCUGCGUCACCUCUGCCGACGUCCACCCAGCUGGACGAUAUGUCCUCUGCCCCUCCACAGCCCCUGGGGCCCCAGUGCCCACAACCAGGGGGCCACCUGCACCUCCUGGCCAGGAGGAAGGGGCCUAGGUGAGGCCCCUCAGAUCCCACCUUGAGCUAGGCACUGCCACUGGGGAAGCUCGGGGAGUCUACUCCUGGCUUCACCCACCCAUCCCUGACCCCUGGGCCCUCCCACCACUCCUGCCCUUCAGACCCCUUGAAGCCACGCCUCUCCCCUGACUCCACCUCUGUCCCUUGUCUCUUACCUUCUCACCAGCUGUCCCUCUUCUUCCUCUCCCCCGUCCCCCAGAUCCCUAUUUCUUGGACCCAUUUAUUUCUCCAUUUCUUCCCAUCCCUGCCUCCAUCCUUUCCCCGUCUUCAUUCCCCUCUUUUCUCCCUAUCUUCCAUAUCUCUCUUUUCCCAUUUCUUUCUCAUCUCUCCACAUUUUUUCCUUUCCCUGCCCCAGGCCCUAUAUCUCUAUCCUCCUAUUCCCUGAUCCCCUCCUUGCCUCUUCCCAUCUCUGUCCACCUCUUCCUUAUUUCCUCCCAUCUUUGUCCUCUUCCCUUUGUCCAUUCCCUUCUCCCUACCUCUCUCCAUCUCUGCCCCUCAUCUACCCAUCUCUGUCCUAUUUUCUCCCUCCAGUUCUGUGCCUCCUUUCCCCAACCAUGUAACCCUUUUCCCCAUUUCCCUCCAUCUUCAUCCACCUCCUCCUUUCUCCCUAUCUCUGUCCCUGGCCCCCACAGUUCCAUUCCCCCUUGGGGUAUGCUGCCCCAGCUCUGUGCAAUGCAUUAGGGAUGACCCCCUCCCCAGGCCAUCCUGCCCCCCUGAGCCAGUCCCUUCCCCCACAUACAGAGAUUUUGUACAAUAUUGGUUCUCCCUCCUCCUCCUUCCCCUUUCACUCCCCAGGGCCCAGAUUAUCCCCAUAAACAUUUUGUACCAACCAA